AUGACAGAUAAAGGACUUACGGAUGAGGCUAUGUCCGCAGCGUGCAAAGAAGGGGACCCUAUCACCCAGGAUUACAUGUUGCAGCAAACUAUGCUGAGGGUGAAAGACCCGCUCAAGUCUUUAGACUUCUACACCCGCAUCAUGGGCAUGACGUUGCUGCAGAAAAUAGACUUCCCAUCAAUGUGCUUCACACUCUACUUCCUGGGUUAUGAGGAAAAGAAGGAAAUCCCUGCAGACAUAAAGGACAGGACAGCAUGGACUUUCUCCCGACGAGCCACCAUUGAACUCACACACAACUGGGGCUCUGAAUCAGAUGAAAAUCUAUCUUAUCACAACGGAAAUUCUGAACCAAAAGGUUUUGGGCACAUCGGAAUUGCUGUACCUGAUGUUUAUGCAGCCUGUAAAGUAUUUGAAGAAAAAGGAGUAACAUUUGUUAAGAAGCCAGAUGAUGGUAAAAUGAAGGGACUGGCCUUUAUACAGGAUCCUGAUGGAUACUGGAUUGAGAUUUUGAGUCCAAACAACAUGUUCACCAUAACGUCAUACAAGCGUCAAACUGAGAUAGUACAAACUGACUUGGUCAGGAAAGGGAUGUGA